AUGGUGAACCAUGGCGUUCCCACUGAAUUCAUAACCAGGCUCGAAUCCGAAGCCGUGAAAUUCUUCUCCUCUCCCAUCUCUGACAAGGAAAACACAGGGGUGAAAUUCUUCUCCUCUCCCAUGUCUGACAAGGAAAACGCAGGGCCGCCUGACCCGUCCGGGUAUGGCAAAAAAAAGAUCGGCCGCAAUGGCAAUAUCGAGUGGGUUGAAUACAUUCUUUUAUCCCUCAACAACCUGGAAUUCGAUUACGACAGUUCUCGUCAGACUUCGGUUUAUCCCCUGAAAUGUUCUGGUGAGAUAUUCUGGGCCGCUGUGAGUGACUAUGUGACAGAUGUGAAGAGAAUGGCGUGUGAGAUUUUUGAAUUAAUGGCAAAGGGGCUGAAGAUUCAGCCGAAGAAUGUGUUCAGUAGGCUGGUGAUGGAUGAAGAGAGCGACUCGAUGUUGAGGCCGAAUCACUACCCUCCAUGCCCGUAG